GUAAAAUACCUGACUCGCCAUGUUGGAAUUUGGAGGAUUCUCUUAAAAUCCUUCAUUGCCUGACCAUGCUCCCACGUACUUGGGCCCAGGAUGUGUUACGGUGUCAUCUCUGUGAGAGCCCGGCCCCCCCUAUGCACUGUGACAUUUGUCACAUACAUCUGUGUGUAGCUUGCGUUGGAAAACAUCUCCUAGAUGAAUCAAAAGAACACAAAGUGGUGCCAUUUAAAAAGCGGGGACUUAAUCCUAAAUGUUCAAAACAUUCCACACAAUUAUGUGAACUUUACUGCGAGCACUGUGACAUUCCUAUUUGUGUGGAGUGUGUUUCUUCUCGAAAACAUUUAGGACAUGAACAAGUUGGCAUUUUGAAAAUGCUAGAUACUAAGAAAGAAGCUUUACAAAGAGAUUUGCAAGAAUUAGAAAAUGCCAUUUAUCCUAAAUACCAAGAGAUUGCAGCUAACAUCCCAGUUCAGAAAACGGAUCUCAAGGAAAACUCCAAGAAAUUAACAAAAGCUAUUGACAAACAUGGAGAAGAACUGCAGAGAGAAAUAGACAUUGCUAUCAGAAAACUGAAAUCUGACGUGGUUGAAAUAGAUUCCAAACACCUGAUUGUCUUAAAUAAGCAUGAAAAUGAUAUCAAACGCAGUAUUUCUGAAAUCACACAGUGCAUUGCUGAUCUAAAGAAGCUCCUAAACUCCAAUGAUGUCAGCCAUGUAUCUUCUUACAAAUCCAGGAAUGCGGAAUUCAAAAGAUUACCUUCCAAACUCACAGUUUCUCUACCAAAAUUCACUCCUCAGAAAAUAAACAAAGAACAGAUUUAUCAGCAGAUUGGUUCUCUGUCAGCAUUAUCCAUCAAAACAGAAGAGCAUGGCUACACAAUGGAUUCUCCUGGUGCUGAGUCCUCUCCCCCGGACAGACCACUCAUUGAUGUACCACGGAUCAUCACAGAUAUAAACACAGAGUAUGGAGAAGUUAAUAAAUUAUGCAGUGUGUCCUGUCUGAGUGAUGAAGAAGUGUGGACGAGUGGUAAGGACAACAUGAUGAGACUCUACAACCUCCACGGUAAACUAGUGAAGUCCAUCCAAACCAAGUCAGGGAACAAACCAUGUGACAUAGCAGUGACACAGAGUGGUGAACUAGUUUAUACUGAUCCCAAUGAUAGAACUGUUAACAUAGUGAAGAAUACACAGAUACAGACAGUGAUCAGACUAAGGGGGUGGUAUCCUCUCUGUGUCUGUAGUACCUCCUCUGGUGACCUCCUGGUUGUCAUGGUCAGUGAUGAUGAGAAACAAACAAAAGUUGUGCGUUACUCUGGCUCCACUGAGAAACAAACGAUUCAAUACAAUGACAAAGGACAACCUCUCUAUUCCUCUGAUUGUAGUUACUCUAAAUACAUCAGUGAGAACAGGAACCUAGAUAUCUGUGUAGCUGACAAUCAAGUUGAUGCAGUAGUGGUGGUCAAUCAGGCCGGGAAACUCCAGUUUACAUACCUCGGUUCUCCCUCUAUUACCAAGAAACCAUUUUGUCCAGUCGGCAUCACUACAGACAGUCAGAGUCGGAUCCUGACAGCAGACCUCAACAACCAAAGUAUCCACAUCCUGGAUCAGGACGGACAGUUCCUCCGCUACAUUGACAACUGUCAAUUACAGGAUCCAUUCGGUUUAUGUGUGGAUACCAGAGACAACCUCUUUGUGGGUGAAUUGCAAGGAGGUAAAGUGAAGAAAAUCCAGUAUUACAUGUAAACAAACUGUGAGUAAAUGCCAUCAGGAUAUGUAAACGCCAUCAGGAUAUGUAAACAAACACAAUAUUUUA